AAUGAUAUUGUUUUCUUAUAGGCCUAAGCUUUAUGUCAUUUCUCUUCUAGCGUUAUUUGGCUUUGUAUAUUACCAAUUUUUGACUCUAAGAGCAUACCCAUUGGCAUGUUUAGGACCGAAUGCGAGGACCGUCACUUCUGGUUGGCAGUCAAAUCAAUCUUUCUUGGGUACAAGUUUCGGUUUGAUGUUGAAGAUGGCCAUGGUACCCAUGCUGUAACUGGUUCAUGGGCUGCUGAGUGUGGUUAUACCAUGACGCUGGAUUUGUCCGGAGACUUGGUUUUACGAGCAUCUUACCUGGCCUGCCAUGUUGAAAACCAGGCGGACUCUGAAUUCCACCUGCUGGUGUGGUUUGUAAAUCAGGAUGUGAAUGGUGAGGAGACCUCUUAUCCACUCUUGCUCACCUGCCCUCUGAAAGAGCCCUGGAGCCCCAGAGAGAUUGUCUGUGAGGAAAACUACAUGGAGGUGUCUGUGCGUAAACCCAUUCCCCCUGAUCAAGAGGGCACAGAAUGGAUGAACCCUGCUCCAGUGGGCGCUGAGGAGGGUCUAAGUGAGUGGAGGGUUGUGUUCCAUGUGCCCGUGGUCAGUCAGGAGAGCGGAGAGACCAUGGCCAUGAGGGAGGAGACUGUGCCCGUGGGCAUGGCCCACCUGCUGGGACUUCACAUCAACAGCACGGGGUCACGCGUGCUCCUGCGGUGCCCCUACGGCGUCAGACUGUCCUACCCCAUACAGGUGAAUGGGAUUGAGAUGGAGCUGGUCAGUGCUACUGUGCUGUACAGGCACCAAUGGACACUACUCAGAGUGGAUACUUCAGUGGCGUGCACCACACGCAAGGCCUCACUGGAGGGGACACACGUUAUGUGGUCUUUCCCCUCGGUCCUGUCUCCUUUGGUGCAGCUCCCAGUCACAGACAGAGAGGUGCGAGUCGGUGUGGAGGGCCAGUACCUCAGCAGCUGCCUGGCCCAGCAGUGGGGCUAUCAGAUCCAGGAAGUGAAUGGAACAGUGGAAAUAAGGGUCCCGUUUGGUGCCGAAGGAGGAUUGUUGAAGAGCCAUGUGAGUAACAAUGAAUACUUCCAGUCCUACUUCCUGGACCUGUUCUACCUGCACGAGUGGAAGAACGCCCAGGGGUCCCUGACACAGCAGCGCACCUUUAGGCCAGUGUUCAUCCUACGCCUGCCUCGGACACCCAGAGUCAUCAACAGUACCAUCGUCUCUGAGGGUGUGUUCUCCGUGGCUCUGGGUGUGUUCCCACCCGACGUGUCCCUGGUCAACGUCACUGUAGCGGGACAGACCGUGUCCGUGUCUGAAGCAGGUAGCCUGGGACUCCAGCUCUCUCACAUCCCUUUCCCGAAUGGAACUCACGCCUACUUACUGCAGGUCCCCUUCUCCCACCCUCUCGUCUCCCAGCAGUAUUUGGGCGAUGGGGGCAGGAGGUAUUCGCUCUCGGUGAUCUUCUCCCUGCUGGUGUCACCUGAGGCUGACCUGUAUCACCAUCCUGCAGCAGUGGAGACUGACCUGCAGGAUGUGGUGUUGCCCAACAUAGAAGGACAAUGCACACAGCGGGGAGUGGAGUUGCUGUUGCAUUAUGGGAAUAUGGACACAGACUGGGCAAUGUAUAUGGGGGGUCAGAGGCUGGACUGGGAGCUAGUGCAGCUAGCAGGCUUCAGCUUAGUGGCAGAGAAAGAUCAGCUCAGUGUGGAUGUGCCCCUGUAUAGUCAAGGGAUGACCUAUGAGGGUCUUGGGAUGGAGGGUUUGCUGGUCAGUGCGGAGCUGACUCUAGUGCACCCUGACACAGGAGAGGACAUCACUUACAGACAACACUGUGUUUUCCCUGUGCAGGAGUUGCUGGUUUGUUUGCCAGAUGGAAGGGUAGUGGUUUUGAUUGACACAUCAGAUGUGUUCCCAUCCAUUGACCCUAAAUGGACCUCCCUUCUGAACCCAACCUGCCGACCCCUGGAGACUAACGAGAGCCGAGCUUUAUUUAGCUUCAGCAUAGAAACCUGUGGCACCAUCAAAACUCUGAAAGAUGGCCGGCGGAGCUACUACAAUGAAGUGAGAUACAUGCCGCCAUAUCAGCCUCAUCUGAAGCCUCCUGGCAGCCACCACCUCAACUUCAGGGUCCCUGUUGAAUGUGUUCAUCCUGCCAAAGGCACACACACCCUGAGCAUCUUCCAGUCUCAGAGCAACACUACUCCUGCAGCCGCCCGCUCCAGGAGGCCUCGCCUACACCGCAUGGCUGGGCACUGGAAAUGGCCCUUCCUCAUGGGACAAAAAAAGCAAAAGGACAUUAUUGAAAGUGGUGGAUGACGGUGCAGUUGUUUCUGUUGUCUGAGGUGAAAUUCCUGUUACCUGCAACAGCUGCCAUGGCGCUGGGGUCAGAUCCAUGCAUUCCCACAAGAAGGCCUUGCUCCCAUGGCAACGAUCACAUGGGAGCGCAGUAAAACUAAUACAACUUUUCAUUUAUUUUUUUUAUUUUUUUGCAUCAUAAACCUGACAUUCUAUUCUGUGUAUUUUUGAAUGCCUUUAUUUACAUAUUUGAGUAAUACAAAUAA